CCGACUUCCGGCGCCUUCUUUUCCCACCUGGUCUCCGCGGCCAGGCGGCGGCUACAAUGAGGCAGAAGCACUAUUUGGAGGCUGCGGCGCGGGGCCUCCAUGAGAGCUGCCCGGGCCAGGCCCGCUACCUCCUAUGGACCUACAACUCGUCAUCGCACGACAAGAGCACUUUUGAAGAAACGUGUCCAUACUGCUUCCAGUUGUUGAUUCUGGAUAAUUCUCGAGUGCGCCUUAAACCCAAGGCCAAAUUGACACCCAAAAUACAGAAACUUCUUAAUCGAGAAGCAAGAAAUUAUACACUCGGUUGUAAAGAAGCAAAAAUUGUGAAAAAGUACAAAGACUCCAAAAGUGUAUUGUUGAUUACUUGUAAAACAUGUAACAGAACAGUUAAACAUCAUGGUAAAAGUAGAAGCUUUCUGUCAACAUUGAAGAGCAGUCCUACCACUUCAGCGAGUAAACUCAGCCUGAAGACAACAGAGAGGAAGACUCUAAGUUCUACAAACGUAAAUCAUGAUACACCCGGUUCCAAAGGCAAGAGCCCAGCAUCAAUUUUCAGAACACCUACAUCUGGACAGUCAGCUUCUACUUGCUCUUCAAAGAGUGUGAGCAAAACAAAGAAACACUUCUCUCAAUUAAAAAUGUUGCUUAGUCAGAAUGAAUCCCAAAAGAAUUCAAAAGUGGACUUCAGAAAUUUCUUAUCUUCUCUGAAAAAUGGACUUUGAAAUUAAGAAAUGUCUAAUACAGUUUCUGAAACUAAAGUUAGUAAAACAA